GACGCCGCUCUUUCUCUUCUUCGCUCUACAGCGCUCCUUGAGAGAUUUUACUGGGGUUGCCUUCAAGGCAUAAUUCAGCGAGCUUUCGGUAUGGCCACACAUGAGAGAGCUAGGCCCGGGGCUGAAAUAUUCCAACUCAACAUUCCUAACGACUCGGUGGAACUCAGUUUCGGAAGGGACGGUCCACGAAUAGGCUACCUUCACUUCACUAUACAAUUUCCAACGACGUUCUGUUCUCUUUCAGUCAGCAUGGAGAAGAAAAAUGAGCAAAGGUGAUGACGUUUGAUGGCAGUGCGUCCAUCUUCGCCACUCCGCGACCCGACGCAAAGCGAGAAAAGGCACUCGAGGAAAUGAUUGAAGGGGCCCCCGGUCAUCACGAAGCGGUGUGAGGAGUGAGACGAUCCAGAAUUUCAACAUGAGAUUUGUGCACUCGGUCGGAAUUUAUCUGGAGACACGCGAUAUGUAUCAGGACUCGG